AUGGAAGGGUUUCGCACAAGCCUCGAACGUGCUAUCCGCAUGGAAGACGAGAUUGACUGGUCUGUCCACACGGUUGACUAUGUCAUGUUCAAGCGGAGGCUGCGUGUCUUUGCUAAGAGACGGUCGCGUCUUCGAGAGCUGAUAAGAGCUUCACCGGAUGAACGCAUUCCUCAAAAUGUUGUCACUUCGAUUCUGGGUCCCAUUGCCUAUCAAUCACCGGCGCUAGCCUUUCUAGGAAUGAAAGCGGAAGAGGCCAGAAUGCAAGAAGAAGAAGCAAGGGCGAACCUCAACAAUUCAGAAAACUCAAACUAUUCACAACACUUUAUCAAUAUACCACAGAACAUGGACCGCAGUAGCAGUUAUUCUGGAAGUGGUGGUGGUGGUGGUGGUGGUGGCGGGGGGAACAUCUUGGGGGAGCCAUCUCCUGCUCCUGGCCCAGGAGACUAUGUGCCAUUCGUCGACAGCAGUACUUCCUCCAUGUCAGGUACUCGAUUGGCGAAUGCCGUGUCAUCUCAUCCUGUGCUACAUCAGACAAUGCAACAAACAACAGAUGUAGAAACCGUCACAGAUGCACAAGUUAUGCCUCAAGUGGCCUCUCAAGAACCUCAACAUGAUUUGCUACAGACUAGUUUAUCAUCGAGCAAAUCCGAUGCCUCUUUACCUCCUAACAUGCCCGUGAAUCCAGAGGCAGUCAAAAGACUCAAGAAGAGGGCCAUUUGGAGAAGCGUAUCCAAUGCGGAACGAAAUGAACUCGUCUUAUUCUUGACAUGGGAAAUGGACAAGGUAGCCAUGUUUUAUCUGGCACGGUGGCAGCGACUUUCACAGCUCAUUGUGGCAGAGCGACCCUCUGUUUCAUUGGGUGACGAGAUAUUGGAACUGAUUGCCUUUUGUACCAUUAACGUCGUGACAUUGCGACAGAUUCUGAUCCGAUAUGACGCCUUUGCGCGUACCUUUGAGGGAACCCCUCUUCUCGACUACUACAUGAAGCGCGUCAGCAGGAGACAAACGUCCUUUCGAAAAGUGCUCUUUCACGAGGAGUUGAAUGCCUUGGCGGAUCUCUUUGUGGAUGAAAUGUCCCCAGAGCCGGCCAUUUGGACGGCGUUUGAGGGACAGCGAAGAAUGUUCAAUGACAUUCUGGAAAGAACACAGCGAUCGGAAGCUGUGGCGUCCACGGGGCGAGAGCUUGUCACAGACAGCUUUGUCCAUACUCUGCGGCAUUACUUUCUUCUGGGAGGAAUUGAAGAUGCCCUGGGGCUGCAACCAGAGUUCCUGACACUUCGAGGACAAAGUCUCACAGGGGAGAUGGCCAAGUUGGCAGAAUGGAGGAAAAGGAAACACUUGGAAGCAGAACCGCCCGAACAGGAACAGAACCCUCGCCUCAAGCCACAAGAAAUCUUCCAACUGACAUUGACUUUGAUUGCCACCUUCCUGUAUUGCUUGAAUUACUACAUUGUGGAGCCAUCCAGCACCAUGUACUGCAAUGCCCUGGGAGCCUACGAUGCCAUGUCUGGAUUUCUGAUUGGUAUGACACCUCUGGCGGCGUUCAUAUCCGCAAUUCCCUACUCUAUUUGGACCAAUCGGACCUUCCGCCAACCCAUCAUACUUUCGGGGUGUUUGCUGAUUCUGGGGAAUCUCUUGUAUGCAAGCGCUUACAAUUUCCAGUCCAUCUAUGUAGCGCUAGCUGGGCGGUUCUUGGUGGGGCUUGGAGCCCCGAAGGUGUUUGUCAGGCGGUACAUGGCAGACACGACCCCUAUCAAUAUACGAACUAGUGUCAAUGCUGGCUUUGGGAUGGUGGUCGCAGUGGGAUCUGCUCUGGGGCCAGCAACAGCAAUCUGGUUGAAUAGCAUCCAAUUCAGGCAACAAAUUCCGUUUGUGGGGACAGUGGUUUUCAAUGGAUUGACUGGGCCAGGAUAUUUCAUGGCUGUGCUUUGGACGGGCUUUACCAUUGUUGUUAUACUAACCUUUGGGGAACCCAACCGACAAGGUCUGGCAGAACAAAAGAAGUUGGAGCAACAAGACACGAUGGUCACAUCAGUAAAUCUUGACCACCAGGGACCUCAAUUCGUGCAUGACGAACCACUUAGUGCAAUGAUCGAAGGAGACCGAGCCAAGUUGGCAAAAGACUACGAACUAAGGACCAUCUUCAGCGGGGACGAAAGUCGCGCCACCUUUGGCGAAGAGCUCUUACGACCUGAACCACAACCGCGGGACAAGAAAGGGUGGUAUGCUGAAGCAAUGGACUUCUUCGAUCUCAUCACCCUUCCUGUGCGAGUCUGCUUGGGUCUCUUGCUUGCCAAGGUGUUCUGUAUAGAGAUUCUAGCAAGUGCCACCUCUGCCUUGACCAAAAAUCGGUAUCACUGGCAAGUCCACCAGGUUGGAACCCUCGGUUGCGUGAAUGGCCUUCUUGUCAUCCCAAUAUCUAUCCUUGUGGGAAGGCUUUCCAUGUCAUACCAAGACAGGAGACUGAUGACUUGGCUAGUCGCGAUUGGCUGCUUCGGAUUUUUUAUCAACAUCGACCUUACGGAUUUGGUCUCGACACCGACUCACACCUACAACAAGGGGCAUGUCCUUGCCGUUUCACCCCAACGAUAUGUUCUGGGUUACUUUUUGACGUACUCUCCUGUACAAUGCUUUGAAGGAAUCAUCGGUUCUGCUCUCAGCAAGGUCAUACCAACAGCACUGGCGUCAGGAACGUUGAACUCGGGUCUUUUGGCAACUCUCGUGGACACGUUCGGCCGUGCUUGCGGCGACAUGUUUAUUUCCAUGGCUGGCUUCAUCAAACUGAGACAGCUGAUGAAUCUGCUGUUCAUCCCUGGCUUUUGUAUUAUGUUAACGUGUUUGGUUGUGAUUCGCAAGUUCUACGACAUAUUGGCCGUUUGA